AUGGAUCCGUUGCUGGAACAAGUUCUAAGCGGCUUCAACAGCACUUUGGGAGGUUCUAACCAGACAGACCCUCUGGAUAAGUUUUCGGGCAUGCAGCUGCUCCUGCGAUUCAAACCCCUCUUCUUACCUCUCUACUCACUGGUGGUGAUAGUUGCCGGAGUGGGGAACUCAUUCUUGCUCGCCUGUAUCCUGGCCGACAAGAAGCUCCACAACGCCACCAACUUCUUCAUCGGGAACCUGGCGGCAGGAGACCUGCUGAUGUGCCUGAGCUGCGUUCCCCUGACGGCCUCUUACGCUUUUGACACGCGGGGUUGGGCGUUUGGCCGUCCCCUCUGCCAUCUCAUUCCUCUCCUGCAGGGGGCGACUGUAUUCGCCUCGGCGCUGUCGCUCACGGCCAUCGCCAUGGACCGCUACGUGGUGGUCGCCCAUCCCGUCCGGAGAAGGAUUUCGGUUUGGGGUUGCAGCGCGGUGGCACUCAGCGUCUGGGCGGUGUCUCUGGUGUUAGCGGCGCCUCCGUCCCUGCACACGCGUUACGUGGACCUGCGACCCAGUGGUUUGGAGCUGGUGGUUUGCGAGGAGUUCUGGUUUGGAGCUGAGCGACUGAGGCUGGUUUACUCCUGUUUCAUCCUGGUGGCCUCCUACAUGAUCCCCCUGCUGGCGGUGAGCGUGUCUUACUGCGCUAUCAGUAUCCACCUGCGACGCCACACCUUGCCCGGAGAACCCUCGCAAAGCCAACAGCGCUGGAGCCAGCGACGACGCAAGACUUUCUCCCUGCUCGUAGCCUCCGUGCUGGCCUUCGCCGUGUGUUGGCUCCCCUUGCAGGUACUCAACCUCCUCCUCGACCUGGACGGAGACUUCCGCAUCGUGGACAAGCACUACCUCAAUGUACUCCAGGUUUGCUGCCACCUAGUGGCCAUGAGCUCCACCUGCUACAACCCCUUCAUUUACGCCUCGCUGCACAGUAAGGUGAGGUUUCACCUGCGCGGGUACCUGUGCCCUUGUCGUAAGGGGGGGAAUACCCUUUUGUCCCGCUGUGCUUCUCGAAACCCUGCCACCUGUCUGACGCUCCUCACGGAGGUGCCCGUGAAGGAGGCUCAGAUCGCCGAGAGCCCUCUGUCUAACAGCAACCUUUGA